AAACGCAACCUACAAAGUUGGCGCUACUCUCCUGGAGUGAAGAGUAAUGCGGAAACGUAUUGCGUCGAAAGCAACGACAACGUGAUCAUCUUCCCAUCAUUGCUUCAUUCAUCUCCAACGGCAUUCAUCAAUUUUCUGACGUCAUCUUUUCCUUCUCUUCAGUAUUUCCUUCCAAACUCAAACCUCUCUUUACUCGUCACUUCUCUCUUUAAUAACUUCCACUCUUCCACUUUGGACCAAAAGUCAACAAGUCAACCAUUUCCACUGAAAAAUCUUCUCCUCCUUCUUCGUUUUGCUUCACAGUAAGCUUAGGUACUCAGUUUCUCUAAUCUCACUAUUCCUCCAUAAUCAUGCACCUUGCAACUGUUGAUGAUAUUCUCCUCCAACCGCUUUUCACGCGUUAUGUAUCUGCUUCGUUGAACCUAAUUCUGUUAAUUGCGCUGCUUCUGUCAUGGAUAUGGGAGAAAGUUCAUGCGAAUGUGAACCAUAGAGAAAACAAUGAAAGAAUUCGAUUACGUAGUGGUGGAUUCUUGUACUUCAAACAAGGUCCACUUUUUAGCUUAGCUAUUUGUGUGUUCAACCUUGUGCUGUGCUUGCUAACCUACUUUUACUUGUAUAAAAAUGAUGGUGGUACUGGUUCCUCAAACGAAGUUAUUGUUGCAAUUUCUGAUUUUGCUCUUAGAUCACUUGCUUGGGCUGUUGUUUGUGGUUAUUUGCAAUUUGGAAGCUCCGGUUCUUGGGGACAUUUCCCCUCAAGUUUCUUGAGGAUUUGUUGCUGGGUAUAUGCUGUUGUUUCCUUUUGUUGCAUUAUAAUAGACUUUAUAAUCUAUGAAAAGCAAGCUUUCUUGCCGAUUAUGUAUCUUGUUUCCGAUAUAAGUGCUUUUAUUAGUGCUUUAUUUCUGUGUUAUUUGGGGUUUCCCCGAAACCAUGUUGUUAAGAAUGCCCCUCUUGAAGAAGCCCUUUUGAAUGAUGAAUCUUUGGUGAGGAACGGUUGUAAUCGCAAUGAAACCAGAGGAGAUGGAAAUUCAUUGAGCUAUUACAAUGCUGGAUUCUUUAGUUUUCUUACAUUCUCUUGGUUGAGUCCAUUGAUAUCUCUAGGCAAUAACAAGGCUUUAGAUAUCGAGGAUCUUCCUGUUCUUCAUAUCAAUGAUAGUGCCUAUGGGGCUUUUCCAAAUCUUAGGGACAAGCUUGAGUCACAAUGUGGUGAUGAUGGGAAAGUAACCACUUUUAAGUUGGUUAAGGCAAUGUUCUUGUCAACAUGGCAGCUGAUCUUACUGUCAGCCUUAUUUGCAUUCGUGUACACUUGUGCUUCUUAUGUUGGUCCUUAUUUGAUUGAUUUCCUUGUUCAAUACCUCAAUGGGGAGCAAAUGUUUGAAAACGAAGGCUAUGUUUUGGUAUUGGCAUUUGCUGUUGGUAAGUUUGUGGAGUGCCUCUCGCAGAGACAUUGGAUGUUCAGGUUCCAGCAGAUUGGGGUUAGGAUACAAUCAAUGUUGGUGGGGACGAUCUAUGCUAAAGGUUUGAAGCUUUCGUGUAAAUCGAAGGAUGCUCAUAGUAGCGGAGAAAUCGUGAACUUGUUGACUGUUGAUGCUUCAAGGGUUGGUGAAUUUUGUUGGUACAUGCAUGAUCCAUGGGUGGCUGUUUUGCAAGUUGCUUUGGCCUUGUUGAUUCUGUAUCGGAGUGUUGGGCUUGCUUCGAUUGCUGCUUUUGUUGCCACCGUAAUUGUGAUGUUGCUAAACAUGCCAGUGGCAUCAUUGCAAGAAAAAUACCAAAAUAAGUUAAUGGAGUUCAAAGACAAACGAAUGAAGUCAACGUCUGAGAUCUUAAAGAAUAUGAGGAUUCUGAAACUGCAAGCUUGGGAGAUGAAGUUCUUAGAGAAGAUCAUUCAGCUUAGGAAGGCUGAGGAGAUAUGGCUAAAGAAAUUUGUCAUUGGUUCAGUGAUUAUUAGAUUUCUCUUCUUUAAUGCCCCAACUUUUGUUGCUGUGGUUACUUUUGGUACAUGUGUUCUUAUGGGCAUACCACUUGAAUCAGGGAAGAUCUUAUCUGCACUCGCAACUUUCCGAAUUCUUCAAAUUCCCAUAUAUAGCCUCCCUGACACAAUUUCAAUGAUAGCACAAACUAAGGUCUCACUUGAUAGGAUCACAUCAUUUCUUUGUCUAGAUGACUUGCAAGCCAAUGCAGUAGAGAAACUUCCGCAUGGUAGUUCUGAUUUAGCAGUUGAAGUUAUAGAUGGAAAUUUCUCAUGGGAUUCCUCUUCCUCUAGUACUACUCUGGCGAACCUAAAUCUCAAAGUUUUUCAUGGCAUGAGGGUUGCUGUUUGUGGCACUGUUGGAUCUGGAAAGUCAAGUUUACUUUCUUGUGUGAUUGGUGAAGUCCCAAAGCUAUCUGGGACCAUUAAAGUGUGUGGAACAAAGGCUUAUGUUUCUCAGUCGCCAUGGAUACAAAGUGGUAAGAUAGAAGAUAACAUACUAUUUGGCAAAGAGAUGGACAGGGAAAAGUAUGAGAAGGUACUAGAAGCAUGUUCCUUAACAAAAGACCUAGAGGUUCUAUCAUUUGGUGACCAGACUAUUGUUGGUGAGAAAGGAAUCAAUUUGAGUGGUGGACAGAAGCAAAGAUUACAAAUAGCUCGCGCUCUUUACCAAGAUGCUGAUAUAUACCUGUUUGAUGACCCUUUCAGUGCUGUGGAUGCUCAUACAGGAUCUCAUCUUUUUAAGGAGUGUAUACUCGGCCUUUUACAAACAAAAACUGUGAUAUACAUUACUCAUCAGAUAGAGUUCUUACCUGAUGCUGAUCUAAUAUUGGUCAUGAAAGAUGGAAGGAUAACUCAGUCUGGAAAAUACAAUGACAUUCUCAAGUCAGGCACUGAUUUUAUGGAACUCGUAGGGGCACAUCAGGAAGCUUUGUCUUCAAUUAAAUCUUUAGAGAGAAGGACUUCAAGUAAAUCUUUAGAGAGAAGGCUUUCGAGUAAAUCUUUUGAGAGAAGUCCCACGUCUAAGACAUUAGGUCUCACCGUGGAGGAUAGUGAUUCACUAAGUUCUUUUGGAGAGCAAGACUUGGAAAACAUUGAUGAUCAAAAUGGUAAACCAGACGAAAUAGUUGAUAAAAAAGGCCAACUUGUUCAAGACGAAGAACGAGAAAAGGGUAGAGUUGAGUUUAAAGUCUACUGGAAAUACAUGACAACAGCAUAUGGAGGUGUUCUUGUACCCUUCAUAUUACUUUCACAAAUACUUACUGUAGCUUUGAAUGUUGCGAGUAAUUACUGGAUGACUUUGGCAACUCCAGUUUCUGCAACUGCAGAAGCUGCUGUUGGAAGUGUUACGCUUAUGGCUGUCUAUGCUGCUUUAGCAAUUGGAAGUUCCAUUGGCAACCUUGUCAGAUCAAUGCUUACUGUGAUAUCUGGAUAUGUGACUGCAACCAUACUCUUCAAUAAAUUGCAUAUGUGCCUUUUUCGAGCACCAAUGUCAUUUUUUGAUGCCACCCCAAGUGGGCGAAUCCUUAAUAGAGCUUCAACAGACCAAAGUGCAAUAGAUAUUAACAUUCCAAAUAUAUUAUGGGCAGUUACCUUCAAUCUGGCUUUCGUCUUGGGAAGUAUUGCAGUGAUGUCUCAAGCUGCAUGGCAAGUGUUUAUUGUAUUUAUUCCGGUGGUCGCAGCAUGCAUUUGGUACCAGCAAUACUAUUCAGCAUCGGCACGGGAAUUGGCACGGUUAGUUGGUAUAUGCCAAGCUCCAGUAAUACAACAUUUUUCUGAAACCAUUUCUGGAUCAACAACCAUAAGAGCUUUUGAGCAAGAAUCAAGAUUCGGUGACAUAAACAUGAAAUUGACGGAUAGAUAUUCCCUACCAAAGAUGUUUUCUGCUAUAGCAAUGGAAUGGUUGUGUUUCAGAUUGGAUAUUUUAUCCUCCAUCACAUUUGCGUUCUGUUUGAUUUUCUUGGUAUCUUUUCCAAAUGCAAUUACUCCUGGCAUUGCGGGGUUGGCUGUGACGUAUGGGCUCAAUUUAAAUUCACAAGUGGUUAAUAUAGUUUGGUUUCUUUGCCAAUUGGAGAACAAAAUUAUAUCUGUAGAAAGAAUUUUUCAAUACACCUCCAUCCCAAGUGAACCUCCUCUUGUCAUAGAAGACAACCAACCUGAUCCUUCAUGGCCACCAUUCGGGGAGGUUCAUAUCCAAGAUCUACAGGUCAGGUAUGCUCCUCACUUACCACUUGUAUUACGUGGACUUACUUGCACUUUCGCUGCUGGAGCAAAAAAUGGCAUUGUGGGAAGAACUGGAAGCGGGAAAACAACUCUAGUGCAAACACUUUUCCGGCUUGUUGAGCCAGUUGCUGGAAAAAUAUUGAUUGAUAGCAUCAAUAUAUCUUCAAUUGGAAUUCAUGAUUUAAGAUCCAAAUUAAGCAUUAUUCCACAGGAUCCAACAAUGUUUGAAGGGACUAUAAGGAACAACUUAGAUCCACUGGAAGAAUACACAGAUGAACAAAUUUGGGAGGCUUUAGAUAUGUGCCAACUUGGAGAUGAAGUAAGGAAGAAAGAAGAGAAGCUGGACUCCAUAGUUACCGAGAAUGGCGAAAAUUGGAGUAUGGGUCAAAGACAGUUGGUCUGCCUUGGCCGCAUCUUACUAAAGAAAAGCAAGAUCCUAGUGCUUGACGAGGCUACGGCAUCAGUUGAUACAGCCACAGAUAAUAUUAUUCAGCAAACAGUUAAGCAGAAUUUUUCAGGCUGCACAAUAAUUACAAUUGCUCAUAGAAUAACUUCAAUCCUUGACAGUGACAUGGUUCUGUUUCUUAACCAAGGACUUAUUGAGGAAUAUGAUUCACCAAAAAAGUUGCUUAAGAACAAAUCUUCAGCUCUUGCUCAACUAGUUGAAGAAUACACUCGAAGGUCAAACUCUGGUUUGAAAGUUGAGACACCAGUGAAUUGAACCUUGUGUGGAACCAAA